CCGCAAUCGGCGCAACCCAGGGAGAAGAAAGCGCACAACAAGAACUCAACACACACGCGCUCAUGGCUGUGCCCAAUAUGUGUCUUCCUCCUCAGAGACAGAGUAGCGGAGGGCCCAUGGCCUGUUUGUCGAAUCGGAUGAGGGAGAGCAGCACCGGAUCGGUGCCUUCGGCGUCGUGCUGCCAAUGCGCGACCGGGACGGCCGCAAGUGGGCAGUCAAGAUCCUGCACAAAGACCAUGACUGUGCCCUCCUAGUACGCGAGACCACACGACACCAAUAUUCGACCCACUGUGUGCCUAUCCACACACGCACGUGUGUGUGUGUAGGUUGACGGGUUUCAGCGCACAGGCAAUGACCUGUGGAAGGAGAACCGCGUUACCUCCCGGACUCCAUACCGUUGUGCGACAGGUGAGCAAGGCGAACAAAAGAGAGUGAAUAAAGGGAUCUGCGUCACUCAGGCUCUCCGCCCCUCCGUCUUACCUGUCUGUGCUGUGUCUGCAGGAUGACGAUGCGGAUGUGCGACAUCUGGAGGCUGAACUGAGGCGAAUGAAAUCCGUUCACUCAGAGGUAGCCGCAGCGACGCACAGUGUAUGCAGAAGCAUCAUCCCAUCCAUCUGUGUUGUGUCCGCUUUCAGUUUACUGAUCGCCUCGACAGGGUGCGGCAGGACAUGACGCCUGCCGUCGCAAGCCAGGUGCCUGGCGCCGCCGACUACUUGGCUGUCCUGCAGCAGACCAUGCUGUCGGCGUCGGAUGCACUCGACGACUUGAGCGACCUGUUCAGCGACAUUAGGUGCCAUCCAGACCCGCGGACUCGUCCACGACCGUCGACGCUGCCAACUCCGCUGCCUCCGUCGAUCGGCCUGAAAGGCCCCCCCACAACGACGAGCAACCGACAGAUAAGGUAGCCUGGCCUCGCACACAUGGGAGAGGGUGAGGGAAAGGUAUCACGUCCAUCAUAUUAGUCGCUGAUGGUGCCUGCCUGCCUAUCAGGAAUAUGGACUUCCCUGCCUCGACGGGUUGCCGCCCGAUGUCAUCACCACCGAGGGCCAUCGCAACAUCGUCAACAUCGAGUCCAUCUACCACAUGUGUGGCCCCGAAGGCGAGCACAUCACGGCGUAUCGGAUGGAGUGGAUCGAACGUAAGCAAGCACUCAUACAACACAACACAACACAACACACACAGGCAGUCAGGAGAGGAGCCAUGGACAUUCAUUCCGUUGGUCACGUGUGUGUCGUGGAUGUGUUGGGUGUGUGUGUUGGGUGUGUCUUCGAACAGUCACUUUGAGGCAGCUCAACUGCCGGCGCGAUUCCGCUUUGAUGGCUCGCAUUGCGGAUGGUGUGCUCGCGACUGUCGAGGAGUUUCACCGCCACAAAUUGGUGCACGGCGACCUGCAUGUGUGUGAGCCGCGCACACACAAAAGACAUGAUCUCAGCUAUGACAUCACUAUGGUGGGUGUGCAGGAAGGUAAUGUUGGUCUACGGAGGCUGGGUGACGACAGCUACGAGCCGGUGCUGAUCGACCUCGAUCGGCUGAGGAAGGACCCAUCCACGUCCGAAGGGCGACAACACGCAGUGAGACUACAUUGUCGUGUCUCUUCUGGUUGCUGUGUGCAGAUCGAUGGCUGUCUACAUUUUAUAUCUGUCGGCCCAUUGAGCAUCGCCACGUCAUCUUUUGUGUUGCUGAUCGACCGCAUUGAGGGCCCGGUGGCAUGACAGGUGCGUAAGUGAGACUAACAAGAGGCUGACACAUAGACACAUUACAUGUCAUGGGUUCUCUAUGUGUCUCCGUUUAUCUGGCCGCCUCGGCGGCCACCGAGCUUCCGUCGAGGGGCAUCCCACUCCGUCUCUUUCCGCACUCAAGAAGGACAUGGCCGUGAAGAGCACACAGGUGCGCACGUCAUCCACACCCGCACCCACACAUUCCCACUGUCUCUCUCUCUGUGCGUGUGUAUGCAGGUUCAGAAGUUGAGCUUGGACUUAGAGGCCGCGAACAAGGCAUCAAAGGACCAGUAGGUGGGCAUCAUGACACACACAUGAGGGUGUGUGUGCACUUCGAGCACGUGAGCAAGCGUCUGGAGGCUACCUCACCGCAUUCGCUAUGUCUGUCUAUGCACACAUACACACAAGUACGUCUCUGCGUGCUUGUGUGUGUGUGUGUGUGUAGUUGGUGCGAGAAAUGUGUAGCAUCACCGACGCCCUUCUGGCGCGUUUCGAGAGCUUGAAUGCCAACCCGCGGCUGACCAGCCUCAUCGGACGGCUGCAAGCACGCAACAGCCUCUUUCCCAAGGACGCACUGUCACGGGUAUGUGAUCCACUUGAAGUAGAAGAGAUCGACAGAAGACAGACCGACAGGCAUGAUGGGUAUGUAAAUGUGCCUGUAUGUCAUAGAGUCGUGUUUGGUCAUGUGUGGGUCUAUGACGUGCAGGCGAGGCGUGACAGCCGCUGCUGAAGAGUGCGAGGAUGGAAGACCGUCAGGGCUCACACCGCCCCGCCGACGACAAGAUGGUGCCACAUGCAGAGGCAGAGAUACAAAUGGAUGUUUGACUCUGUUGUGUCGAUUAAUUCAUUCUUGUGGCAGAGGAUCAGAGGACACUUUUGUCGGGAUCUUCGCGUCCCUCCUCAAAGAGUACGCAUGCGCACGAUGGGAUAUCAUGUCAGUGUGUGGACAUCAUGGGUGUGUGUGCACGUGCCUCUCAGGUUCUGGCAGCGCGUCGGCAAUCAGUCACCCACCACCACCGCAUCAUCAACCAGACCCCAAUGCCUCACCAUCGUCAUCAGGCCCCGCCAUGCCGCCGCCGUCCACUGCUGCUUCCGCGGCUCCUCAUGCAGCCGUUGGCCAACACCACCAAGGUCACUCAGAAUGGGUCUGGACUCACACAUGCAUGGCCACCACAUUACUUGGCACAUCUCUGUCUGUGUGCGUGUGCGUGUGCGCGGGCGUCUCAGGUGCCGGCAACGUGCCGAUGAGCAAGCAGCCAGCACCACAGCAGCAGCAGCAGCAAGUGAUGCAGCAGGGUAUGGCCACGACGAUGGGAUAUCAUGUCAGUGUGUGUCCAUCAUGUGUGUGUGUGCGUCCAUCUCAGCUUCUGGCAGCGGUCCGGCGACUACUCACGCAGCAACUCACCCACCACCACCGCAUCAUCAACCA